AUGAACCGACAGCGCCCCCCGCCCUCAGCCUACACCGUGGCAUGGGUCUCUGCCCUGCCUAUCGAGUCGGCAGCAGCGGCAGAAAUGCUCGACGAGGAACAUGAUGAUCCUCGGAGCCAUGGGAGCAACAUCGACCAAUACGUUUUCGGCCGGAUAGGCGACCAUAACGUCGUGAUAGCCCGCCUCCCAUCAGGCCAGAUGGGAAACAGCUCAGCAGCCGCCGUUGUAGCUCGAUUAACGGCUGUGUUCCCAUCGAUUCGUUUUGCUCUGAUGGUUGGAAUCGGCGGCGGUGUACCGUCAGCGGUAUCCGACAUCAGACUUGGGGACGUGGUGGUUGGCCACCCGCAUCUGCAGCACAGCGGUGUAGUGCAGUACGACUUUGGUAAGACGGGACCAAAUGGGCAGAUAACGAGAACAGGCGCGCUCGAUGCACCGCCUAAGGUGCUUCUUAACGCGAUCGCCAAGUUGCGAGAGAACCAUCACCGCCACCUGAGCACACUUCCUACGCACCUGUCGGUUUUCGACCGAUUGCAAGAGUUUAGACGAAUCAGAGCUGGCUCAGACUUUCUCUUUGAGGCGACAUACAAUCACGCUAGAGGCGAAACUUGCAACUGUUGUGACAGGGAAAUGAUGAUCGAGCGAGCUGAGCGAGGCAGCGAAGAGGUGGUGAUUCAUUAUGGCACAAUCGCAUCAGGCAACCAGGUGAUGAAGGACGGUGGGACCAGGGACAGGAUAAGCGCAGAGCUUGGUGGAGUGCUGUGCUUCGAGAUGGAGGCGGCCGGACUGGCCAUUACAUUUCCAUGCGCGGUGAUUCGUGGCAUCUGCGACUAUGCCGACUCGCACGAGAACAAGAGCUGGCAGCCGUAUGCGGCGGCGACAGCAGCAGCAGCUACUAAAGAAUUGCUGCUGAUCAUACCGGCAGAAGAAGUCGCCAAGACUGAUGCAGCUGGCAGAAUAACCAACUCCGAAAAGUAUCGAGUCCCGUUCAGUCUCAAAGGCAUUCCUCAAGGUAGAUUUGUGGAUAGGCUGGAUGAGGUGAGAUCUUUGGAACAAGUUCUUAUGCCACAAGGACAGCCUCAAUCAGAAGGCUGUCGGCAGCGAGUAGUAGUGCUCCAUGGACUUGGCGGAAUAGGCAAGACUCAGCUUUCUGUCGAGUUUGCUAGGAAACACCAGGCAGUGUUCACAUCAGUGUUCUGGUUGGAUGGGAGCAGCGAAGAUAGCCUGAAGCAAAGCAUCGCUGACUCUGCGAGUCGCAUUCCACAAGGGCAGAUUCCGGAGGCGAGCAGGAAAUACUUUUCUGGCACAGACAGCGACAUCGAUACCGUAAUUCGUGAUUCCAUCGAGUGGCUAAGCAGAACGGAGAACAAGCACUGGCUAAUUAUAUUCGACAACGUAGACCGCGACUAUCAACAGCGAGAGACUGAUAGCGAUGCGUAUGAUAUUAGCAACUAUAUACCAGAUGCUGACCAUGGUUCAGUACUGAUCACGACGCGGCUUGCCAGUCUGCAACAGCUUGGCGAGACUCUACAUUUGGGGAGCGUCAACAUGAGCCAAGCACGUGCCAUCUUUCGAAAGUGGUAUAACCAAGACUUUGAUUCGAAUGACAGCGACGAGUUGCUUCAACUGCUUGACGGACUACCUCUAGCCUUAGCCCAGGCGGCGGCCUAUAUGAGCGAGACCGGGAUAAGCUUUAAUACGUAUACUAGGCUAUAUAAAGAGCAGUGGAAGGAUCUGAUGAGGAAUGAAGACACGGCACCGCUGAAAAGCUAUGGGAACCGCAGCAUAAACACCACGUGGACAGUGUCAUAUAAUGCGAUACGUGCUAAGAACGAGGGUGCAGCGAAUCUUCUUCUGCUGUGGGCCCAUCUUGAUCAUAAAACACUGCCGUUCUGGAUUCUCCAAGCUAGUGCGAAUAGGUCUCGUGCAUUGGCCGAAGACUUGUUGGCAUGGCUAAAACAUACCGCGGAUGACGAAGUAAAAUUUUUAAAAGUAGUUCGACUUCUACGGAGCUAUUGUUUGGUCGAGAGUCUAGAUGGGAGUUCUGCCCACAGUACUCACCCUGUAGUACAUCAAUGGGCAUUUCACAUACAAAACGAAUUUCAACAAGCAGAGCUAUCGCGGUUGGCAGUCCUCAUAAUUGGAUAUGCAGUUCCAGAUGAGUAUACAACCGAAUAUCACCCAAAGCAGCGGCAGCUUAUUCCACACGCGGAGUCCUGGAUGGAAAGAAUGGGGCGAACAACAGUGAAUACAGAGGCAGAAGUCAACGAGGAUAUAUCAUACGCACUGCAUAUGAUGGGUGUGCUGUUGUCCGAUCGAGGUAACCUAGAAAAGGCGGAGAAGAUGUACCAGCAUGCACUGGAAGACUAUGAGAAGACAUGA